GUUACAACUCUCACCUGCGCAGAACAUGAGCUUGGACAAAGUCCCAUUUGGUGCCUCUGCGGCUGUGUUCAAGCGAUCUGAAACAGUGCCAGACUCUGCUGUCUCUGUAGAAGGGCCAAACUUUGACAAUGUCUUGAGUCUUCAAGACCUUAUAGGCAGCUAUGAAAGAAUAGGAUUCCAAGCAACAAGCUUAGGGCGAGCUAUCCAGAUUGUUGAUAAAAUGCGCAGAUGGAGGCUCUCCGACGAGCCGGUUGAAGAGGACGAAUUGGACGAGUAUCGGGAUCAAGUAGUUCGUUCGCAAACUCGAUGUCGUGUAUUCCUAGGAUAUACGUCAAACCUCAUCUCAUCCGGCCUCCGCGAAAUCUUCUUAUACUUGGUGAAGCAUAAACACGUCUCUGCCAUAGUGACGACUGCGGGUGGCAUUGAAGAAGACUUCGUUAAGUGUCUUGGUAAGACUUACCUCGCCGAUUGGAACCUCGAUGGUGCGGACCUCCGACGGCGCGGCAUGAAUCGGAUUGGGAACCUUAUAGUCCCGAAUGAUAACUAUUGCAAGUUCGAGGAUUGGCUCACUCCGAUUCUUGAUACCAUGCUUGCAGAACAGAAGGAGACUGGUGAGGUUUGGACACCAAGUACAAUGAUUCGACGACUAGGGAAAGAGAUCAAUAAUGAGGAAUCUGUUUACUAUUGGGCUUACAAAAACGAUAUUCCUGUUUUCUGUCCGGCUUUGACCGAUGGUUCUCUAGGCGACAUGAUCUACUUCCAUUCAUACCGUUCUCCGGGCCUCAUCAUCGAUAUUGUCCAAGACAUCAGAAAAUUGAAUGAGUUGUCUCGGACAGCAAAGAAAGCAGGGAUGAUCAUCCUUGGUGGUGGGGUCUGCAAGCACCAGAUUGCAAAUGCCAUGCUCAUCCGUAACGGAGCCGAUUAUUCUGUUUAUAUCAACACUGGUCAAGAAUUCGACGGCUCAGAUUCAGGUGCCCGACCUGAUGAAGCGGUGUCCUGGGGAAAGAUUCGAGAAGGGGCGGAGUCUGUGAAGGUCUUUGGUGAUGCAACGCUCAUCUUUCCCUUACUCGUCGCUGCAACCUUCGCGAAGGACACAGACAGCGCGUCAUGAUUUAGGAAUGCGAAAAAUGAAGUCCCAUGCAUGUAUUGAUAGACACAUUGCUAAAUAGAUGUUGACCCCGUAUCUGUCCCAGCACCUGCUUGCUUUAGAAUACUGAGUCAAUAGAAAGGCC